AGGCCUUCCGCUAGCUACGCCAGACAAAGGAUAGGUCUCCUACCUAUAUAAGUCCGUGAGACGACGGUGAAGCUGAGUGCCUACCACGCAGAGCAUCCAAGGUCUCUGUUUGUCCUUCCUUUGACCAUCUUCCCCUCUUCGUUGUCUCUCCUUAACAUCAGUCCCUCCUUAACACCCAUAACCAUGUUUGCUACACCUCUCAGCGCUGCGGCCUUUUGGGGCUACCUUUUUGCUCUCCCAGGAGUGCUUGCUGGCUUCAGCUCAACGUCACCUAGCAACAUUGCUGUAUACUGGGGCCAAAACUCAAUCAACAAGGUGGAGGCUUCCGGUGGGCAGCGGAGACUUGCCACGUACUGUACCAACACACCCGUCAACAUCAUCCCCUUGGCCUUCCUCAACGGAAUCAAGAACCCCACGCUGGUCAACUUUGCCAAUGCCGGGGACAACUGCACCGCCUUCGCAGGCACCCAGCUCCUGAGCUGUCCCCAAAUCGAAGAGGACAUCAAGGCCUGCCAAUCGCAAGGCAAGACCAUCCUGCUGUCCAUCGGCGGGGCGACCUACACCGAAGGCGGCUUCUCGUCCGCCUCGGAGGCCCAGAAGUGGGCGGACACGCUGUGGGCCAUGUUCGGCCCCAAGCAGUCGUCCUCGUCCGCGCUCCGCCCCUUCGGCGCCGCCUCGGUCGACGGCUUCGACAUGGACUUUGAGUCGGUCACGUCCAACAUGGCGCCCUUUGCCGCCCGGCUGCGCUCGAACAUGGACUCGGCCGCGGCGAGCUCCGGACGCAAGUAUUACCUGUCGGGCGCCCCGCAGUGCCCGUUCCCGGAUGCCGCGCAGAGGGACAUGCUGGAGCAGGUCCCGUUUGAUUUUGUCAGCGUCCAGUUCUACAACAACUACUGCGGCGCCACCGCGUAUCCCGCGAAUUUCAACUUUGACACCUGGGACAACUGGGCAAGGAAUUCGGCCCCCAACAGGAACGUAAAAAUCCUGCUGGGUCUGCCGGGCGGACCCACAGGGGCCGGGAGCGGCUAUGUCAGUGGCGAUCAGCUGAAGCAGGUCAUCCAAUACUCGAGGGGCUUCCCCAGCUUUGGGGGCGUGAUGGCUUGGGACAUGUCCCAGGUGUACGCCAACCCGGGCUGGCUGGACAGUGUUGUCUCGGCGCUGGGAGGCACAUUGCCCCCUGUAACCACCACCGCUACCUCCAAGCCGACCUCGACGCCGACCACCACGCUGGUCACAGUCACGAGGACGACGUCGUCGGGCCCCAACUCACCCACGGGCUCUGCCGUGCCCCAGUGGGGACAGUGUGGUGGAAUCGGGUACACCGGGCCGACCCAGUGCCAGGCCCCCUACACGUGCAAAUAUGUCAGUGACUGGUGGUCACAGUGCGCUUGAGACUUUGACGGUGGCGUGCCGUAUGGAUCGGGCUCCUGCAGCAGUCUAAGUUCCGGUGGCUUUGCGUAUGGUGCCGUCAUCAACCUCGCUUGGAGAUGAUGGAAAUGGGAGGACUGUCCGCUUCUUAUUGUACAUAUUUAUACCGCUCUUUUCUGCUGACGCUUGGGACUCGUGAGCGACUUUACAUCAAGAAGCAAUGUACAUAGGUCAGGAAAUUACGAGACUAUUGUGUUAUUCUGGGCUUGAAGUAACGAUUUCAUAUACGAAUGGCUCGGAUCGCUUUAAAGAUGGUACUCGCUGGGCCUCCUAAAACGGC